GUUAUAAACAAUGUAUUAUAGCCUUAUAUUAAGACAGAACCUUAGUUUUGUGCCCUGACCUAAAUUAACCCUUGAUUCUUUUAUCCUAUAGAGUAGACCACAAACUCCAAGCAUUAGAAGCACAGUUUAAAGAACUGGACUUCACCAAGGAUAAUCUGACACAGAAAUUUGAACAUCAUAGCAAGACUCUGGCAAACCAAGCUGCCCAAUAUGAGCUGUGGACAGCAGUUCUGUCAUUCAAGUUCACUCCAAUGGAAUUGAAUAUUUUAUACAGCUACGUCAUUGAAGUACUCAUCCGCUUGCACACUCGUGUGCUUGAGAAGCUGCCAGAUCUGGUGAGAGGUCUUCCCACCUUAGCCUCCAUCCUUAGACGAAAAGUCAAGAACAAGCGCAUUAGAGUUGUAUGGGAAUCUGUUCUGGAGGAGCAUGGGAUGCAAGAAGAAGAUAUCACAGCACUGUGUACCUUCUUUGUAGCACAUGGUAACAAGGCAGAACACUACAUUGCUAAAGUAAGGCAAAUGUAUAUAAAAGAUGUCAAUUUCAUGAUCACUAAUAUGGUAAAGAACCAGGCUCUGCAGGAUGGUUUGCUAAAGGCUGUUCAGGUCAUUGAGAAGGGAAAAGCAGUGAGGGCCCCUGAAGAGCAAAAGUCAUCCCUAGAAGAGUUGAUACCAUCAGCCAAAAGCUAACCUGUAACCCUAGACCCAGAGAUUACGCUUCUAGUAAUUUAUCUUGCAAAUGGGAAAAAAUACAUACAUGCAACUUAUUACAGGGUUAUUUUUAUAGCAAAAGUGAGGAGAGUGUUAAAUUAUGAUAUACUGAUACAGUGGAUACUUUCUGUGUAGCAAUACAAGAGAAUGAAGAAGCUCUUCAUGUAAUCGUAUAGUAAUAUGCAGUUAUCACCAAGAUGUGUUGUUUUAAAAUAUUCAUUUC